AUGGCGUCCUCCGAGGUUGACCAAAAGUUUCUCGGCAAGCUGGCCAAGGCUGUCGAGAAUGACAACCCCCUCCUGGCCUCUAUGCUCUUCAAGAUUCUGGGCUUGUCUCUGAAUCUUGCUGAGCAGCUUGUCGCAGCCAAGAAGCAGCGCCGUCCCGACUAUGAGCCAUCACCCAAUGCCGUGCGUCGCAUCUUGCGCAUCAUCUGGCUCUCCCGCGAGGGCAGGACAAUGCUCGAGCAGUACGUCAUCCCCAUGGUUGGAAACUAUGGUGAACUCAAGGUUCUCGCCUACAAGCUUCGUGCUUCUUUUUCUCACAUCUAUGCCCUGUUUGGCAACCAACCUGUAGUGUCAAACUUGGGCAGGUAUACACCAGACGUCACAGCUGCUCUGACACCACGGUUGGACAAGGGAAAAGGACGAGCCAUUGACUUGGAGGCUGACUCGAGACCUUCUUCGGUACAACCAACCCACCCUCUGGAAGGAGGCCCUGUUAUGCCGCCUCCAGGAUUCGAGGACCGAAACAUGCCUCUCUCUCCCAGCUUUCUCAUCCCAGCCAAGGACUAUCUCCCAGAGGCAAAACAGCACUUCCUCGAAGCCAUCCAGCUUGCCGACUCUCUUCUUUGGGGAUCGCACUCCCUCCGACUCUCAGUCAAGACUGAGUAUGCCGCCUUCUUGUACGAAUGUGUCCACGACGCCGAGGCAAGCCGGAAGCUCGCCAAGGACACCAUCGCGGAAGUUUACGAAGCUACCGAAGGAAUGGACGACGACAUGUUUGGCGACGCUUGCGAAUUGGUUACGGUCCUUGGCAAGAUGAUGAAGCGUGGUCUCGGGUCCAGUGGCAACCUGCGUGGCAGCAGAGCGUCGGCAUCGAACCAGAGCCCUGCGCCUGGAAUUACCGCAGUCCCCGGGAUGGAGAACCCUAUAUGA